CUUUCAUUUGCAACUGUCAAGUAGCAGAACUGAAUUCCUGGUUGCAACAGACCAUCAAAGAUCUAUUCUUGCAAACGUUUGUUUCUGGGCUUCACAUAUUUUCAGUUAAAUCUACAAGAACAUAACAGGAACUAAACCGGCUUUUGAGAAGAGUCAGUUUGAUAGUUUUCUAAAAAAAAAAAAGAUUUAUUUUAUUUUCAUUGAACAUGUUUUAAGUAAGUCAUUGUUUAAAUAAAUUUAGAUUUACCAGUGUCUUUCUGCAUGAGGAAAAAAAAUGACUUGACCUUGACCCUUAGACCCUCGACCCCACAUGAAUUUUCACAUCAACAGAUCGUUGUGUCUCUGACAACAAAUACCUUUGGAUGUAGUGAUUAUGAAUGGCAGCAGCAAAUUGCACUUCUCAUUCUCACAUGUGUGUGCGGAAAAGGUCGGCACUAGGACCUACUAUGAGCCACAUAGCAGGGAGGAAGCAGCUUUGGGACUCCUCUCUUAAACUUUUAGAACAAUCCAUUUCCCAAAGAGAGUGUGAGGGAGACAGACUGAAGUGGAUGGCCCAGGACCUGGAUGCACAGCUCUGAAAAUUGGGAGCAGGAUUCAGAGUUUGGGAUAACUCUGACUUAAGCGGCCAAGAGAGAGGUGGAAUAUAAAUAAACACCUUUUGUGGAAGUGUGUCCUCAUUAGGAAAAGUGAAGGAGCUACAGAGAGGGAGCCGUGGUUCAGGGGGUCCAGAUGGCAGGCACCAGGGGCCUGCCCUGCACUGGAGUCUGGCUGUAGAGUCCGCGGGGGGCCCACACUUCAACAGGACACAUUCCAAAGGACGUGUGCCCAUGAGGUCGUCACCACUGGUCCUGCUCCUCCUGAUUGGCGUUCAGGCUGUAUUGAACAUGGGAGAUGGAUUGGACCGAACCACCAGGGCAUCCAGCCACAAAACAGGACAGCAGAGAGCAGCCAAUCACAGAGCGCAACAACUGGAGAGAGCAGCGAAGGACCAACUUUCAGAAGACCGGACUUCACAGCACCAUCACAGGACCAGCCACCACAAGACCAAGAAGCCCCACCGAGCAGCUUCACACACACAGGAUGGAAGCUCCAUCAUCAGCUCCCCCGACCCUUUCAGCCCGGUGGUGGACCCCAAGAUCUUCUCUAAGAAACGUUACCGACCCUCACCCCGUGUGGUCUUCAGCGAGGUGCCUCCAUCGCACGAUGCUCUGGACGAUGAGGGCUAUGGCAUUGAUGGCAUUAGGGGCAUCAGGGUAAAACGCAGAGCAGAGUUUCAGACCAAACACCGCGGAGAGUUCUCAGUAUGUGAGAGCAAAAAUAUCUGGGUGGGGAAUCUGACAAAAGCCACAGACCUUACAGGGAAGGAAGUGACGGUCCUACCCAAUGUUACAAUCAACAAUGUAGUGAAGAAGCAGUUUUUCUACCAGACCACGUGUGCGUCGCCCACGCACAGGGUUGCAAGUGGGGGACGUCCUGGGGGCCGUGCUGGGGGCCGGAAUGGCAAACAAGUCUCCAAAUCAGACAACUCUGACUGCCUUGGCAUUGACAGUCGCCACUGGAACUCCUACUGCACCAACACACAUAUAUUUGUUAGUGCCCUGACCACAUAUGAGGGGCGGACAGCAUGGCGCUACAUCCGCAUCAAUGCAGCAUGUGUGUGUGUCCUCAGUCGGAAGAAUUGGAAUAAAAAUAAGAAGCCCUGACCAGGAAGGACUUUUGACCACCGAACUAUGAACCAAUCACACACACAUACUUCAGAUAACAGCCAUUUCAUUGCCAAUACUGUAGUCCUUGGUGCCCACUUCCGAUCAUACAUCUUCACACACUCUCUCAACAAGAACACGUACUGUCAUCCCUCCUCCCCAGCCCUACCUCAGUCAAAAAGUCCUGGUUGUUUUUAAGUUAUGAGGACUGCAUGUCAUAUUUAUGGUUUAUACAGUCUAAUAUGAAAAUAUUUACAGUAUGUGUAUAUAAAAAUGAAUUCAUGCUUUAUUGUUUAUGUCUUUGUUGUGUUGUUAAUGCUGUUAUUUAUUAAACACCUCAGUACUUGCCUGG